UCCAGAUAAGCGAGGGGAGAGAACCAGUUCAAAUGAAGGGACGUAACUAACAUUUAGUGUGCGGUGAAAGGCGAGAAAUAAAAGAGAUAAAAAAAAAAGAGUGAGAGAGAGAUGAAUAAAUAUAUAUAUAUUUUUUUUUAACAUAAGUCGACAUCAUUGCUAAAAAUUCUGUUCUCGGUGGAUUUAGAAAACUUAAAAGUGAAACAGGGCUAAAGAGAAAAGUGGAUUUCAUUUUCACGGUAAAAUAAAAUAUUUCUAAUGUAAGACCAAUGCAUAGCUUCAGCAAACUACCUCCUUAUAUGUGAAAAGACACAUUUAUGUCCUUACAUAUGAGAACAAAUUUACAUAAUUUGUGAUUUACAUUUGAAAUUUAUUUUUACAAGUAAUUGUGUACUUCUGGUUAACAGAAUGAGAAAUUGCUUCUUUUGGAUUGUAAGUUUAAAAAUAAAAGUGGAUUUCUUUUCUUCGACUUGAAAGAGUUAAAGAGUCUAGAUAUUAGAAGAACAGUAUAAAGACCGUUUGGAGUACCCGAAGACGUCUGAAUAUCGCAGGGGGUUCAAUGUAUAUUUCUGGUGGUGAUAAAAUGCUGACUUCGAAGAAAUUAUUUUCUGAUUAAUGAUCCCGAGGACAAACCAGAGAACAAUUUAGUCCUGGGCUUCAUAAUGUCUACAUCAAUAGAGGAAUAAAUCUACAGGCGUUUCUCAUGGGUCCUAGUAAAUGGAAUACUUCGAAGAAAUUCGUCAGCGUCCAUGAAGACGAGCAGCUCAGGCUGAUUGAAGACGCCAGGGUGAAAUGUUACCAGGAGAUGGACAUGGCCGAGGAAUCCACAGCGGCGGGAUCAGUACCCUACUGCAAUAUGACGUGGGACGGAAUCGCCUGCUGGCCAUCCACGAUGGCGGGAAAAACAGUGGAACUGCCGUGUCCUAAUUACAUUAAUAAUUUUUAUAUUGAAGCCUACGCCACAAAGACCUGCAUGCAGAAUGGCGAGUGGUUCCAUCACUCUGAGUUUAACGUGACCUGGAGCAACUACAGCAGCUGCCGAGCCACUGAGAACAGUUCUGUCCAUGAAGGUGUGUCGGAGGUGCACGUGAACAGGAUCCAGACCAUGUAUAGCUUAGGAUAUGGUAUCUCUCUGAUCGCUCUCACUGUCGCCAUUUUUAUAAUGAUAUAUUUCAGACGACUCCAUUGCCCCAGAAACACUAUUCAUCUGAAUCUUUUUAUGGCCUUCGUCCUGCGGGCUUUGCUUUCAUUUCUGAAGGAUAAUCUUCAUGUCAUUCACAUUGAACUGUUUCAAGAGAUUGAAGAGUUUGCUCCCGGAAGAUACCGAUAUCAAAGUCCAUCUGGGUCGCACUGGCAGUGUAAGAUUCUCUUCACCACAUUCCACUACGUCCAACUGACCAGCAGUGCCUGGGUCUUCAUUGAAGGGUUCUACCUGUACAUCCUGGUCACGGUCACCAUAUUCUCAGAGCGCCGCUACAUUCGAUGGUGUACGCUUCUAGGAUGGGCUGGUCCCUUGUUAUUUCUUGUGCCUUGGGUCAUCAUACGGGCCACCAUUGAGGAUGACUUAUGCUGGAAUACACAUCCAACUACAGGAUAUUUCUGGAUCCUAAAAUGUCCACAAGUAGCUAUUGUAGUUAUCAACUUUGUGUUUUUCAUCAACAUUGUGAGAGUUCUGUUCACCAAACUGGUUCGAACUGCUCCGCCUCGUGCCAGGAAAUAUCGAUACAGACGCUUAGGAAAGUCUACACUUGUGUUGAUACCGAUUUUUGGUGUUCACUACUUAGUAACUAUUGGUGUACCAGACAACAUUGAUCCUGUCUUGGAGACCAUCAAGCUGUACUUAGAAAUGUUCUUCAAUUCCUUCCAGGGUUUAUUAAUAGCCUGCCUUUUCUGCUUUAUGAAUGGGGAGGUACGAGGCACAGUCCAAACAGAAAUACGGAAACGCUAUAUUCGCCACAAGCUGAGGGUCAAUUCGCGCAAGUUUCAUAACAAGUACGCGACCACAGCCAGUUCCCAUGUCCGGCCAAGGACCUGCCCUUCCUGUUCACCCCGUCACGAGUCUAGGGAGGUGAACUCUUCCAGCGGCUCGGACCACAACCAAAGUCUCGAAAGACAAAAGCUGAGAAUCUACAUCCAACCAAUGCGCUACUACCGCGCCCAACCCCCGGUCUCUUCUCCCAUUGACGUACGCCCUAUCAUCUACACGAGCAAGAAGAACAGUUAUGUGUAGCAUACGACACACUUCAGGUGCAAGAUUUUGUAACACGUUCUAUUACAACUUCCCUCAAGAAGCCUUACUUGACAAGGAGCGUAAGCUGGCAUAUCGUAUGUCAGUGCUAUGACAGAAGCGAGAUAACUCUUACCUCUGGUUGGUCUGAGUAGUCUACCUUCAUCUUCAGGUUCAUGUCCAAGAUUAUGUCUUGCAGACCUUGGCAGCCCCACAUAUGUUUGCAUGUGGUGUCAGCAUUUACAGCAUUUACGAGUGAUGUAUAAGCUCUUUAAUGUCAAAAGAAAACAUUUAAACUUUUGAAGAUUAAAUCAUUUGUAGAGCGCGUUAAUUUGUCGACACGGUUAAUGACGUUUACCAACUUUUGAAACUAAUAAUGGAUUAACUUUUUUCCAUUAUAUCAAAUCAUCUUUUUGACUUAUAGGAACAUUUACAUUUGUUACAAGUACAGUAAUCGUGUGAAUAUUUUGUGAAAGAUAAAAUCACUUGUAUUAACAUAUCAUUAAAACAAACUAUUCUGAUGGCCCUUUUACAUCCAUGUGUUAUAUGUUUUAAAUUCACAUUAUUUAUCAAAAAGGUCCUAUGAAAUCCCAUAAACUAUCAGUAAGGUCUUAUCUUGGUCUUAUGGGCCUACAUCAGCAUGCUUUUUAAUGAAGACUGUGCCAGUCUUUUGUGCUUGUUGCCAAUCGACCAAAAGUUUUUUUUUAUAGUACAUGCCAAAAAAAGGUUAUAAAAACUUAUAAUCUUAAAUAAACGUAUUUAUACAAAUUUGGAAAAGUGAAGACUGCAGAUAUAAAAAGUGUUGGUGGUGUUGGGGUUCCGUUAUGUAUUUUUUGGUAUAAGACUGCCUAGUCAUACGCGUAAUGGGCGCACUUUGAGUCUCUGCAGUAUAGCAGCCAUUUUAGCUAGAGAUAAACAAAAUACAUUUUUUUUUAACUCGUGAAGUUCAAAUGUCCUUAGUUUUAUAUCAUUACAAGCCCCACCCUUACCUUUACUAUGUUUAGAGACUUAAUGAGUUGAAUUCGCAGGAAUCAAAUCAACCACUUUUUUUCUUGACAUGUCAGUUUCUUCGAUUCCAUUAAGUCUUCUUUUCAUCAAGGCUGCUAAUUGAAUAGAUCUAAUGCAAUGUUUCUCAAAUUAUUACUAGUUAGAAAAAUUUCGUUCGCACCCGCCCCCCUUUAGCAUCUGGGGACCUAAAGGAGCACUAUAGGCGACCCCCUCCCUUUGAGAGGAUGUGGCGCGCCCCAUAAUUUGAGAAAGGCUGAUCUAGAGUUUAUCUCUAUAGUCCUCCAUUUGUUGAAAUCAAUAUCAAGGCCUAAGUAUUAAACGUGUUUCAUUGAUCCCAUUUGUUGUCCACAGAAGUCAAUCGUCUCUACAUCUCAUCUGUUUAAUUUUCACCUAGUGUCUCAGUUCAUUUUGUCUCUCAUGUGAUUUGUUUUCAAAAUGAUCAAAAUAAAUAAAUUUGU